CAACUUUGCUCUCAAUUAAACAAGCUUUCGCUUGCAUGAUUAUACAUAAAUACAUGACGAGCUCUGCAUAUGUGCUGUGAAGAACGCUCUCAAAAAGUCAAGCUGCUAAAAAGCCAAUAUCCUUAGAUUCAAAUUGAUUUCAGCCCUGAUCAAUUUAGUUUGUAACGUUGCUACUAAAUGUUUUUUUUCAGCAUUUGAUGAAAUGAAAAAAAGUCCGUAAAAUACUCGGUAUACAAAUGACCAGCUAUCCAUGGUAGAAGAUACAUAGAGACUCAAUCAAGAAAGAGCGUAUGAUAAUCUUGGCAUAGUAAUACGGGCGUCAAAACAGAGUCGCUAGCAUUGAUUACUUAUCAUUUGGUACUAAAUGUAUGAGGAAUUGCUGCACAUAGAUGUAUUUCUGAAAUGGUGUAUGUUUCCUUGGUUGUCUUCAUAACUCUGCAGUUCUUUUGUCAUAAAGCUCGUACCACUUCUCCACCAUCUAUUGAACACUGCCUCAAACUUUGGCUCACUAUAUUAUUUACUUUCUUGCUGCCUUUAUCGAUUCGGUUCCCUUUGCGUUCAGUAUACCACGCCAUUGCCUGCUUUACUGUAUCUUUUAUACGAAAGGUAGCCACAGUAGUUACCGUGUAUUUACUCUUUUAUUUAAUAAUCUAUCCUAUAUUCAACAAGUAAAAAAUUGACCAAAGGC